CUUGCAUGACAGACAUUCUGAGAGCACGAAUCUGGCCAAUCACAGCUCUCCCCCUCUCUGAGCCGCAACAGCAGCCAGGCAGGAUUUACUCACAUACUCACACACACACAUACAGGCUCACCCGCCACACGCGCGCACACUCUCCCUCACACACACACACACACGCACCCAUUCGCGCUCGCUGUCUGCGCGGCAAAGCAAGCACUCUCCGAGAGCUGGGAGUAGUGGGGAGAGAAAAAAAUGGUGUGUGAGCCACGGACCGCUUGGACACACACUCUACUGAGGGUGCACACUUCACGGAGGACAAACACCAGGAACCUCGAGAUGUCCACCUCAGUCGUCCCAUCUCUGUGCUGAGUCCGACAUCGCCGGGCCACCAUGAUGUGAGUGGAGUUGUUGUUCUGUUUCCAUGGAGAUAAGCGUCUGAAACCAUGGGCUUCAGCCAAGCUUCGCAGACCCGUUUCCCAUUCCCGCUCUGGAUCUAGCCUUCACCAGGACCAGCAGGGGGGAUAAGCAGCAUAGCGGGCCGGAGAGGAGGGGAGUCGGGGGGAGGAGGAGGAGAAGACAGAAGAAAGACGAAGAGGAAGGAGCAAGGACCUUCACCGCAAUAGGAUUUAACUUACAAUCCGCUGGGAAUAUUGUUUUGCACUUUUCCUAUUUUUCUGAUAAUUAAAUUGGGAAUACUGGGAUCAGGUGGGAACUCCACCUGGGAGCGCCUAGCACCAUGAGGGUGUUGGUGCCCUCGGCCUGCCUGUGCCCGGUGCUGCUGUGCCUCUGCGUACUGGAGCGCUGCUGUGGCAGCGGGCACCACCUCAUCACCAGGCUGCCUGGCCGAAACCACUCACUGGCACAUGGUGGCGGGCACAGUGGUGGGCAUAGCGGGUCACACCAGAAACCUAACCAGCAUCAGAACCAGAGUCAUGGGGGCAACGACACGGAGGUGCACCACCGGCCCAAGCGUGGCUGGAUCUGGAACCAAUUCUUCGUGCUGGAGGAGCACUUCGGGCCUGACCCACAGUACGUGGGCAAGCUCCACUCGAACUCAGACAAAGGGGACGGCUCGGUGCGCUACAUCCUGAGCGGGGAGGGGGCGGGCAGCAUCUUCAUCAUCGAUGAGUCCACGGGUGACAUCCAUGCCACCAAGAGCUUGGACCGCGAGCGCAAGGCCCACUACGUGCUCCACGCCCAGGCCAUCGACCGGUACUCCAACAAGCCCCUGGAGCCCGAGUCCGAGUUCAUCAUCAAGGUGCAGGACAUCAACGACAACGCACCUAAGUUCCCCGACGGGCCCUUCGCCACGUCCGUGGCUGAGAUGUCUGAAGUCGGCACAUCAGUGUUCCAGGUGACGGCGACAGAUGCGGAUGAUCCCACGUACGGCAACAGCGCUCGCGUGGUCUACAGCAUCCUGCAGGGCCAACCCUACUUCUCAGUGGACCCCAUGACAGGUAUCAUCCGGACGGCACUGGCGAACAUGGACCGCGAGGCGAGAGAGCACUACGCGGUGGUGAUCCAGGCCAAGGACAUGGCAGGCCAGGUGGGGGGUCUCUCGGGGUCCACCACCAUCAACAUCACCCUCAAUGACGUCAACGAUAACCCACCCAAGUUCCCUCAGAAGAACUACCAGCUGUAUGUGGCCGAGUCGACCGAGGUGGGGAAGCCCGUGGGGAAGAUUGCUGCCCAUGACGCAGACCUGGGAGCCAACGCCGAGAUCAAGUACAGCAUCCUCAACACCGAGGUUGCAACCGUAUUCUCCAUCGGCACGAGCAGGGACGGACGAGAGGGGGUCAUCAGCCUCAGGAAGCCAUUGAACUAUGAGAAGAAGAAGACAUACACUUUGCACAUCGAGGGAGUGAACACACACCUGGACCCGCGCUACUCGUACCUGGGGCCCUUCAAGGACACGGCCACCCUCAAGAUCACCGUCGGCGACGUGGACGAGCCGCCCGUCUUCUCCAUGGACUACUUCAUCAUGGACGUCUACGAGAACGCACCAAUCGGCACGGAGGUGGGCGUGGUCACAGCCAGAGACCCCGACAGCAAGAACAGCCGUGUCAGGUGA